AUGUCUGAACAUCCAUCAGAACAGCUCAGUGCAGAAUAUCGUUUAGAGUCCGGUAGAUACUUGAAUUAUACUCGCUCACCAUUGCCGACGCGAGUCAGUAGUGCGUGCGAGAGAUGCCGCCGCCACAAAACUCGGUGUGAUCCUUUCCGACCUUGCUCACUCUGUGCACGAGCAAAAGUGGAUUGCCAACCACUUCCUGCUAGUCGGACCCGCAGGGAUAGCACUCGGAAAUCAAAGAGAACUUUGAGAAGUCACCAGCGACAAAGAACCACAUCAACAGCCACCGCUGACCAACCUACAGAGAGCUUCGAUGAUUCCAGUAACGAAGCUCCACCAGUGGAAGGUACUAACAAUGACCGCCGUAUAUCUACAGACGGCCGUGUUACACAUCCGGCAAUCGACUACGGUGAAGCGGAAUCUACCAUGGGAAUUGUUCAGAAAAUCUGUGAACUUGGUAGACAGCAUAUCGAUGAGCAAGCCACGUCUGCCAUUCCAGGCUACCGAGCGAGCACCAGCGUUGCCAAGCGGCGCACCGCACCUGUCGGACAACGACUUCCCAUUUCUUCAAUACUAGGUCAGGAUUUACCGCCGACGGAGGUGAUGUAUUUGUUGCUUGAGGACUACUUUGAUGCAGUCCAUUGGUUUUCUCUUGCUAUUUAUGAACAUACCUUUCGCAGGAAACUCUUGUCCGUAACCGACGGACUUGCCUAUCCCUCCCAGAAAUCAUUCUUACUGCUCCUUGCAGUUGUACUGGGUAUGGGGGCGUGGUAUCGGUCCCAAAGGAGGACGACUGAUUUGACCGACAAUGGCAAUUGGCAACAAUUGAGUUCACACCUCUUAAAGAUCGUCGAAUCGCACAUUGUUGAGUUGAUGGACCAACCUUCUGUUACAGCAGCCCAGAUUUGUAUCCUUUUCGGGUCGUACCACGUGUACCACGGGCGUCCCAAUCUCUCCUUUUCAUUACUCGGUGCGACUAUCAAGAUAUCCCAAGCGGCAGGAUUGCACCGUGAACCCUCGAAGGGCAACUUCGAGGAUAUUGAAGAAAGGAAACGUGUAUGGUGGACCAUAUACACCUGGGAUAGAUUUGCGUCAAUCACCUAUGGCCGACCACUGGGAAUAAACGACAAGGACUGCAAUCUCAACAUGCCAGCGGAUAUUUUCGAAAAUCCCUACUUUGUUGCACCGAGAUCAGAGCAGGGAUAUACCGUCUGUUACUCUACAUAUCAAAGGGAGUUGAACCGGCUCUACCUCAUGGCAUCCACUGCCCUGGAGGCAAUUUUCGGCUCGCGGACGUCAGGCUCGUCCGAGGAACUGGCGGGGGACGCAUACGUUGCGCUCGUCAAAGAAGUGACUCAAAAUCUCCAGAGAUGGCGGGAUGAAUUACCUGAGCAUCUAGUCUUGGACCUCGAGAGGGACUUCCCGCCCGACAGCUGGCUCAGUGCCAGGGCACAUGCCUUACAAUCAUUGUCCCUGCAAUUGACCUACGAUAAUAUUCUCAUUGUCCUCCACCGACCUUUACUGGCAAGGCAAGUUGAUCACCUAUCGACAAAUCAGCACGCUUCUAGCAGAAGCGGCCGGAUAGAUUCCCCCGGCUGCCAUCCGAGCGGGCCAUCACCAGCACAAAGGGACCCAGCAUUCGAUGCUGUAUCGCCCAAUGCGUCUGCCACAAGUCCGGUACACUGGUGGAAUGCGGCCUUGAGAACAUCCCGAGUGACUGAGUUACCGGUCCUGGCUCAGCUUGCGACGGAUAGUCAUCUGGUUGCCUUCUUGGCCAUAAAUAUGUUCAACGCGGCAAUUGUACUGGCGGUCAUGGCUCUGUCAGAUCCCCUCUCGGACACAGCACAGGUCGUGAAGCGGACAAUCACUCGUAUCUUGCGUCUGCAGGAUCUUCUUGGAAAGCGCUCUGCAUUAUCGAAGCAAAGUACGACAGUUUUGAAGAACGUGGUCACAUUGCUUCUCCGCCGUGAAUCAGAGGCUAUUCUGGCUCCAAUCACGGCAAACAAUCAGCAAGAAGGUCACCAGUCUUUAGUAGACUCUGCACCAAUGUCUGUGGAAGACACCCUCCGACUCCCUCUCGACGCCACUUUUGAAUUUUUUGAUGCCCCGGCGCGACGACCGGCAUGGCCAGACCAGAGCAGGGCUCAGCGUCUGAACGAAAGUUUAGCAUCUGUUCAAUUCGUCGUUCCGUCCGGCAAUGAUGAUCCUUCCUUCAACUGGUAUGCGAGUGACACUCACCAAGCUCGGGGUACCAUUCAGGACACAUUACAACCAGACCAUGCAUGGCAGCAGUCUGCCCCGAAUGAAUGGCAUGACCCCAGCGUUUCUCUUGGGACAAUGGAAUCCGCAACCUACGGCACGGGUGAACGAGGGUUGUACUGGCUAUGGGAUAUGUCAUGGAAUGGAACAGAGUCAUAG